GGACAUCGCCAACUCUCCUCUGCUCCAUGGCUUCCCUCUCUCUCUGCAGUGACUCUGUUGCAGGAGAAGAGUAAUUCAUUAUUUAUCCGACUCCAUCUUCUUCCAAUCUCUAUGCUGAUUGUACCGUAGUCGACCUGUGUCAAACCUUCUUUCGCUCCACUACACAGCUCUCAUAUGCUCUACUACUGCCAGUCUUAAGGCUUCUGGGUCUCAAUACUCUUCACCGUGGCGUCGUCAGUAUCUACAGGGAUGGCCUUCUUCUUUAAUCGAGGCCGCUCGCGACAUCCCUCCGAGACAGUCAGAUCCCUCAAGGAACAGUUACUAAGGUUGCGAGAAUUCCCCGGUACUGCGAAGGCUGGAGAUGAACUCUCAAAGCAGAUUGCUCAGGUGAAAUUGAUCGUGCAGGGAACACAGGAGGUUGAGUCGUCACCGGAUCAAAUCCAGACACUGAUUCAGGCCAUGAUCAACGAAGACUUACUUUUUGAGCUUUCACGGAGCAUUCACCUUCUCACAUUCGAGUCAAGAAAAGAUACACAGACCAUCUUCUCGCAUGUUCUCCGUUUUAGAUCGGGAAAUUCGCCGGGCGUGGAUCCGCCUGUCAUCACUUACAUUGUUCGCAGCCGACCUGAGAUUAUUGUUGAACUGUGCCGAGGAUACGGGGUGAGCCAUAGCGCGAUGCCCUGUGGUGCCAUCCUUCGGGAAGCAUUGAAAUUUGACGUGAUCGCGGCCGUCAUUCUAUAUGACCAAUCCAAGGAAGGAGAGUCCGCCGUCAGACUUACGAGUCUCCAACCAGGCGUCCCUCAGAAUGGAAGAGGCGUCUUCUGGAAAUUCUUCGAAUGGAUAGACCGGGGCAAUUUUGAAGUGAGCGCCGACGCGUUCGCGACCUUCAGAGAUAUCCUGACUCGUCAUAAAUCAGUCAUUACCGGCUACCUAGCAGCCAACUUCGAUCGCUUUUUUGCAACUUUCAACCAGGUCCUUAUCCAGUCGGACUCAUAUGUCACCAAACGCCAGAGUAUCAAAUUGCUCGGGGAAAUCCUGUUGGAUCGGGCUAACUACAAUGUAAUGAUGGCAUACGUUGAAAGCGGAGAAAAUCUGAAACUAUGCAUGAGACUGCUAAGAGACGAACGAAAGAUGGUGCAAUACGAGGCAUUCCAUGUCUUUAAGGUCUUUGUUGCCAAUCCGAACAAGUCGGUGGCGGUGCAGCGGAUUCUCAUUAACAAUCGAGACCGACUCCUGAGAUUCCUUCCCAAGUUCCUUGAGGACCGCACGGAUGAUGAUCAGUUCUCAGACGAGAAAAGUUUCUUGCUGCGUCAGAUCGAGAUGCUGCCUGACGAACCUGUUCAACCGGGGCGAGCUACCCGCCAGCCGUCCCGGUCGGGCAUAAACACGGCAGCAGUGGCCUAAGCAGAUUGUGUUACCGGGCUGAAACGUGAUACUACUAUUCUUGACGUUGACGACACUUGACGGUCACCUCUCUUUUUUGCUUUUCUCUCCUUGUGUUUCUCUUUGGCGCCAGCUGGACUUUUGCCUGUGCCUCUUUGUUGGCUGCAUUAUUGAUGGUUUGUUGGCGAAAGGUUUGCGGAGUUUCUUCCCUGUUCAUUUUGAGGGUUUGCAUUGGUCAAUUAAGGAGUCUCUGUCAUGUACGAAGCACUACGCUCAAUUACCUCGGUCCACCAUGAACCGCUACAUACGAUAGAAAGAAUUGAGAUGCUACGUUUCCGUCGGUUCUUUGUUUUAUUUAUUAAUUUGUGGGCCGAGACCGCGUUGCAUUGUUGCGUCCAGUUGGGCAGGGAGGAAAAAUUAAAAUAAAAAAG